CUUCUUGGUUACAGUUGCAGAUUCCAAGUUCUGUCAUGUUUCUUAUUGUUGUGUUUUCUGACUAAGUUUAUUACAAAACUCCUUUAGCUAAAAUGCCUAAAAACACAGCUUCAAUUUUUUGGUUAUCCCAGUUCAGUUUUAGAAAAUACUGUUACCAUUGUGUUCAUAAACCCUGUUUCCUUCAAUGUAAUAGUAAUAGUAGCUAGUUAGAUAUAAAUAUUAUGUUGUAUAUAUAGUUCGAUGUGAAUUUGUGUAAAUAUGGCUGAGGAACCCAACUAUGAUUCAAACUAUGAGUUAAAACAUGAAACUGGGAAGAAUAUUGAUAUUGGAGACAUGACAUUUAAUAUGACAAAUUAUCACAAAGACGUCUUAAAGAUGAUGUCGAUGAUGAAAUGCCAUCAAAUGUUAACUGAUGUUACCCUUAUUGUUGGGUCUGAGAAAAUGAAAGCUCACCGAGUCAUGUUAGCUGCUGCUAGUCCUUAUUUUAAGGCUAUGUUUACGGGAGGUUUGAAAGAGUGCGAAGCCCGUGAAGUGACUAUUCAUGAUGUCUGCCCUGCCACGAUGUAUCUCAUCCUGGAUUUUAUAUAUACUGGUCAGAUCAGGGUCACAGAGCUAACUGUCUGUAGGCUGCUUCCAGCUGCUGCCAUGUUUCAGGUGACAGAUGUAAUACGAGCAUGUUGUAUUUUUCUUGAACGCCAGUUAUCUCCUGCUAAUGCUAUCGGUAUAGCUAACUUUGCAGAACAGUAUUCAUGUGUUGAACUUCAAUCUAAAGCUAACCAAUACAUUCUUCGAAAUUUUUCUCAGGUUUGUGAGGAAGAAGAGUUUACGCAACUGACACCUAAUCAGUUAGUAGAGUUAAUUCGACGCGAUGAACUCAAUGUGACUGAAGAAAGGGAAGUGUACAAUGCCGUUCUGCGAUGGGUUAAAACUAACGAAGAAGAAAGGCGGCCAAUGAUGCACUGUGUUUUGUCCGCUGUGAGGUGCCAGUUUUUAACACCUUCCUUUUUAAAUGAUCAGAUGAAAAACUGUGAUGUGAUUAAAAGAAUACCUGCCUGCAAAGAAUACUUAGCUCAAAUAUUUAAGGAGUUAACCCUUCAUAAGAAGCCCAAUGUGAAAGAAAGAUCUCCUGGGGGCCAAAGGAUCAUCUACUGCGUUGGUGGUUACCUGAGGCUGUCCCUAGAAACAGUUGAAAUCCUCUGCUUGGAUGACAAUUCCUGGUCGUCUUGUGCUAAACUUUCGGUGCCCAGAUCUGGUUUAGGCGCAGCCUUCGUCAAGGGCUUGUUGUAUGCUAUUGGAGGGCGGAAUACAUCUCCUGGUUGCAGCUAUGAUUCAGACUGGGUUGACAGGUAUGAUCCUGUCAGAGAUAAUUGGAGAACUUGCCAUCCAAUGUCAGUUGCAAGACAUAGAUUAGGAGUCGGAGUUUUAGAUGGACAGAUAUACGCUGUUGGAGGUUCUGCAGGGAAUGAAUAUUACAAAACAGUUGAAAGAUAUGAUCCUGAUGAGGAUAGAUGGUUCAUGGUAGCUUCAAUGAAUAAUAGAAGACUUGGGGUUGGGGUGGCGGUCGUCAAUAGGCUGCUGUAUGCUAUUGGAGGAUAUGAUGGGAAGCAGAGGUUGAGCACUGUCGAGAGGUAUAAUCCCGAUGAAAACUCUUGGACUUUCGUUGCAGAAAUGUCAACUCCACGAUCAGGUGCAGGAGUCGCUAGCCUGAAGCAAUUUAUCUAUGUCGUUGGGGGUUAUGAUAACUGUCAACUGAAAACAGCUGAACGUUAUGACACAGAGAAUAAUACGUGGACUCCUAUCGCAUCUCUCUCCGUUCCAAGGAGUGCGUUUUCUUUAGCAGCCAUUAAUGAAAAACUUUAUGCUAUAGGUGGUUAUGAUGGCCAGGAGUUUGUGAAUGUUGUUGAAGUGUACGAUCCUUCUACAGACCAGUGGACAACUGGGAUGACGAUGAGCAGUCCGAGGUCAGGACUCGCUUCUGCUGUCAGUUAUCAACUUACUAAUACCUAGUGAAUUAAACCUUUCAUCGUUGUGAUUAAAUCUAUGUCAUCAAUGUUACCUAUUAUAUUGGUAUCUUGGUGUGAUUGGUCUGUUUAGACUAAUACCAAUGUGGGGGAGCAAUAACUGCUCAGAACAAUACUCAGGAAUCCCCUGUAUAGUUCAUAUUCUUUUGGCAUUCCGUAAAAAGUAUUUAUUCAUUUGUCAAUGCCUAAAUUGAGAAAAUCUUGAAUUAAUAUAAUUGUAUAUUGUUGGAUAUUUUAACUAAAUAUCAUGCAUUUCAGAUUUAAUGGUUUCUAUUGAAAAAACAUCAAGUAUAUGUUUUUACAGUAAGAUCAAUGUAUGUAACCAUUGGAUGUAUAACAACU